AUGCAGAGGGGCGCUCAGGGUGGACGAUUUGCUUUCGUUGGAGGGCGGGGCGCCCUGGGCAAGACCAUCGGAGGGGGUGCCACCCAUCCCGCCCUGGCUCUGCGCAACAUGAACAACAAAACCGCUACCGCGGCCUAUUCAUCGGGCAGCGGAUCGAAGGAGGACCGAGAUUGGUUCGAUUGGAGCAAGUACCGCACCACGUCCUCGAAGUACGACCCGUUUUACCAGCACAUCACCACCGAUGCCCGGUUCGGCAUGAGCGACGUCUGGACUCAGGGCAUGGAUCCUCCGCAGCCCAUUUUCCCCGUCGAUGUCAAAGGCCGUUCCAAGGCGUAUUUGCCGGAGGUUCUCUCGCGGAAGCACUACUACACCAAGUAUGCCAUGCUCAACCGUCCUCAGCAGCUGCACGCCCUCAACCUCGCCACCAUCAGGCACCUCACGCCCAAGUGGCAAGCGCACAAGGAGACGACACGAGCGAUCGUGCUGACUUCCUCCACGCCCGAGCACCUCUCUUCGGGAACGGACUUUGUCGAUCUGCUGCAGGCCGUGCGCAGCGGCAACCAGGAGUUCCCCAAGACCUACUUUAAGGAGCUCUACCAGCUGAUCUACUACAUCAACUCGCUCGACAAGCCCUUCCUCCCCAUCAUGAACGGCGUCACCAUGGGUUCCGGCGCGUCGCUGGGCUACAGCUCGAACUCGUUCAAGAUCACCACCGAGCAGACCGUCUUCGCGCUGCCGGAGGUGGGCAUGGGCUUCUUCCCCGAUGCGGGCGCCAGCUACCUCCUCCCGCGACUCGCCGACCACGUGGGCACCUUCCUCGCCCUCACCGGCAAGCGCAUCCGCGGCUGGGACGUCCUGUGGUCCGGCAUCGCGACGCACCUCGUCCCGUCCGAUCGCAUCCACAUCAUGUACGACCAGUUGGACCAGCUGCGCGACAAGUUCCAUUCGUUCGACCAGAUCAUCCACUGCGUCCACUCGUCCGCGGCCGACAAGAUCGAGCACCCGUAUCUGCUGAAGGAGAAGGGCUACCUCGACAUCAUCAAGCGCUGCUUCUCGCAGCCCACCGUGCCGGAGAUCAUGAAGGCCCUCUCGCACGAGAAGCACCCUUGGGCCAAGCAGGUGCUGCAGCGCCUGCAGGAGCAGUGCCCCCUUUCGCUGGCCGUCACCCUCCGAUCACUGCAGGAGGGCGCCACCAAGGACAUGGGCGCCGCCCUCCGGCGAGAGUACCGCAUCGCGCUGCGCUUCAUGCUGUCGCGCGACUUUGCCGAGGGCGUCACGGCGCGCAUCGUGGAGAAGAGGCAGCCCAACUGGACCCACAAGUCGGUCGAGGACGUGCACCCCGACGAGGUGCAGGCCUUCUUCGAGUCUCUUCGCGAGGACGAGCUCGACAUCAGGAGCUUGGACGAGGAGCGGGCCGAGGACAGCGCGAUCCAGCAGCUGCUCGACAAGCAGCGCCGCUUCAAGAAGAUGAUGCGCAGGCCCUGGGUUCAGAACGAGGCCAAGCAAUAUCUGGCGCAGGAGCUGAAGAGCGUGCAGAAGGAGCUCGAGGCGAGGCAGUCGCAGACCGCGGGCCAGCUGGCCGCGGAGACCGAGAAGCAGCGCGAGGAGUACCAGAAGAAGAUCGAGGAGGGACGCGCGCGCAAGGGCGAGGCCCUCAGCUUCCUCCAGCAGCUCGAGGACGAACUCGUUCGCCGUCGCAACGUCGAAAAGGAGGCCGUCACCAAGACGACUGUGGACAAGUUGGAGUGGAAGAGGUGGGAGGAGGACAUCAAGAACGUGAGGGAGGCCAAGGGCAUUCUCACCCUCGACGUCAACACCGAGUACGAUGAGCAGCUGCCCACCGCCGCGCUCCAGACCGUUCUCGUCGACGGCAUCGCCGAGGCCCUCUCGGGAACGGAGGACCUGGCGAAGCAGGUGAGCCUCGUGGCGGCGUCGCUCGACACGGCCGGCAAGAGCGCGCUGGAGCUCAAGGAGCACCUGUUCCGCCGCACGCCGGAGGGCGUGGCCGAGGCCGAGGCCGAGUACGAGCGGCAGUACGUGGAGGCGCUCCAGCAGGACGAGCUGCGCCGCACCCUGCGCGAGCAGAUGGCCGACAUCGACAUCGACGCCAUCCGGCAGGCCAUGAACGAGGACCUGGGCCUCCUGCAGCCCGACGAGCGCGACCAGCUCGACACCCUCCUCUCCAGCACCGAGAUCGUCAGCCACGCGCGCCAGCUCCACAAGCAGAAGCAGCGCGAGCAGCAGCAGCAACAGCAGCAGCGGCCCGAGGCCGAGGCGGGCGCGACCGUUGAGCCGGCGCUGACGCUCGACGACAUCGCGAAGCUGGUGCUGGGCGGCGACCACAACGACGACGCGGCGCGCGUGGCCGAGACCCGGGCCAAGAUCGAGAGCGGCGAGCUGGCGGUGAGCGAGGAGACCUACGCGGCCGCGGUGCAACUCAUGCGCGAGCGCUCCCUGGCCGCCGCCGAGCCCAGCGAACGUGCCACCGUCGAAGCCACCUUCGACACUAUGCACGACGAGAUCGUGAACGUGGUCAAGGCCAAGGUGGCCGGUCAGAGCCGAGAGCAGAUGGUGAACGCCCUGGUCGGCGGUGAGCAGGGCAAGAGCAAGCUCGCCCAGCUCAUGACCCAGACCGCCGCCAAUCUCCCGCACGACAGCCGCGUCGCCCUGACCGACCCCGAGAACCAGGCCCUGAUCCUCGCCGAGUUCCAGGACUUUGCCAAGAACCUCGAUUGUACGCCAAACGCGUCGGAGGGCAAGGUGCCGCUGUGGAAGCUGGAGGACAAGAUCGCGAACGCGCUGGCCAGGCGCGACACGGAGGCCGCGUGGCCGGCCGAGAAGCGCCAGGAGCUGAGCCGCCAGAUCGCGCAGGACAGGCAGCUGCGCGACCUCCACGCCUUCCCCGGCCUCCGCGGCGACGACGACGACGGCGCCGAUGCUCUCCAGCAGGCCACCGGCCAGCCCGGUUCGUCAUCGUCAUCGGAGGACCUGGACCUGGGCAAGCUCGUCGACGAUGCCGCCUACGAACUCGAGCACGGCCGGCCGGCGCCCAUCCCCGUCAAGCUGAUGACGGAGCAGCAGAAGGACGAGUUCGAGCGAAACCAGUCGGACAUGGGCCUAGCCAACUACGGCAAGCAGUUCGUGUACGAAAAGUACGCCGACAGGAUCGGUCACUUCAAGCGCAUCAAAGAAAGGCAAGACGAGUUCAUGUCGCAGGUGCCGGACCCGAUUUCUGAGCCGGAGCAGUACCGCGACUGGCUGGUGGCCGUCCGAUUGGCCGACCUCGCCAUGCCGGCCCUUGAGGACGCCCUCGGCAACUGGAUCGACCAGCAGGCCAAGGCCGGCUACAACGUCAAGCCCAUCCCCGAAGCGUUGAGGGACGACAGCGUGGACGGAUUUGUGGGUACGGGCAGCGACGACCUGGAGGAGGUGCCGACGCCGACGCCGGCGAUCUUCAAGCUGUGGAAGAUGGCCACGUCGCCGUCCGCCGAGAGCGACGAAACCGAUGCGCCUGUCCCGCCGGUGAGACGGACAGACGACGCCAGCAGCCAGGAGCUCCUCCGCAGCAUCAAGAAGAGCGCAACGGCCUCCAAAUCCUCCUCGUCGCCUUCCUCCGGCUCUCCCUCUUCCUCCUCCUCCUCGACCACCCCCCAGUAG